AACAUAAAGAGAAGAAUGUAAUGAGAAAUUGUUUUUCCGGUUUCGGAGUAGUAAUGUUUUUGAAGUGCUGGUGGAACGGUUUGGCACCAUUUUGGUAAUAUGUCAUAACUGAUAAUUACUACAAACAAAGUAACUGCCCAUUGAUUGCUGAUUGACAGUACUGCCACAACACAAUAUCUGGUUUCUGCUAUAUGUAAAUGCUAUGUACUUUUGGGAUCUUUGUAGUACGUAGUUGUGAAAAAUAUAAUUGUCAAUAACCAAUAACAACCUACCACAAACAUGUGCUUGGUUGUUUAAAUUUACAGCUAGUUGUGAAUUUCAAUGUGAACACUACAAUUUAUCUAAACACCUUCUCUUAAGUUUUACAUUUUAAGUAAAUCAUUAUAUAGAACAUCUUUCAUUUUGACUAAUUGUGGAACAUACAAAAUAAAGUCAAUGUAUAUCUGAAGAUAAUUUCUAUUUCUGUUUAUUAUUUACAUAUAGUAAAAGAGUGAAGCAAUUGCAGUUUAUUUUGACUUAAAAGACUUCAUGUUAAUUUUCCAUUUAACAGGGGUACUAAAUAAAGUUAAACUUGACCACAUUUAACAAUGACUUUAUUUUUUCUAUUGUCAUAUCAAAUUUGAUAUGAAGAAGUGUAUUCUACAAUUCAUGAAUGAAUAUUUUGAAUAAAAUAUGAAGUACUAAAGUUAAGACUAGGUCCUCUGUAGGUUUAUGUUAUUGAAAGCAAACACCCACGAAAUUAAUAGGUUACAAACAAACAAUUAAAUGGAAUUUCUGCUGUGCCCCAAUUUCAACACCUUAGAUAGAAACAGCAUGUCAUUAAGUUUAUUUGUUUAUAUGUUUUUUAUGCUGGAAAAUAAUGCAAAUCCAGUGGUUCGACUCCAGAACACAAAUGUCAAGAUGCCACGAGGAUCUACAACAAAACUUUGUGUCAGCUGCAAAGCUGUGAUUGGUGUGGCAACUAAGACAUGUAAAGUAUGCCAAACAAUCCAGCCAAUGAGGCAAAGGCUUGCCAAAAAACUGGAGAAGUUUCAAUCCAAAAAGGAGACUUGGUUGCAAAAACACAAGAAAAACAAAACCACCACACAUGUUUUGGAUGAGGCAUCGGUUUUGGUGGAAAAGUUGAAUACUUUGGGACAAAAAGCCGUUGUGUUUAUUGCCAGACCUGGAAAGAAAACAUCUACGUGGCAUACACAUGUCAUUCACCCUAGGUGGCAAUUAACCGAUCAAGCUGGACAGUGUCUGGACCGCAUGAAAGACCUAUAUGAGCUAAUGAUCAAUGCAGGUGUUCCAGCAAAGAAAAAGAAAAAAAGAGAUAACAAGAAAGAUUCACCUGGAGAGUGCAGCCAUGGGGGAGAAGAUCAGUUUUACCCAGUGAAGCAGGUCUUGAAGACAAAAAAGCAGAAGGGGAAAUUAAUGGAGUUUGUUGAAUGGGAGCCAUGUUCCAUGUGUGGGAAAACAUGGUCUCCACAGUGGGUGGAAAAAGGAACACCAAAAAAUAAACCCCAAAGGCACCUCUGUUGAUCAGAUUGACCUUUUAAAUUAUUAUUGUUGUUUGUGUUACUGCUUUCUAAUUGUUGUUAAUAAAAAUGUUCAAAUGAAAGGGUUUGAUCUACAUUUUUUAUUGCUCAACAUGCUCACAUGUAUGAUAUACCAUAGAGGUAGGACACAUUUGUUGUGAAAUUCUAAACAAAAGUUUACAAUAAAAAACAUACAAAAAAUUUGUCAUAUAACCAGAUAUCAGGUUUUUGUGUUGGAUUGUCACAGCUAUGGCAAUUGCAAAUGAUCAUACCUCAAGUUAUAAUGAUACAUACUUAAUAGUAAAUCAUUUUUGGUAUUUAGUAUAAUGAAAUAAGAGCAAAGAUGUAAUGCAUGGAGCUGUAUUGUGCAACCUAAAUAGAUGAAUGUAUAUUUGAGGUAAAAAAAAAAAAAAA